AUGCGCUUUUGCUUACUGCGACCAUGUCUGUCAUGCCUGAGUGCUAGCCUUUGGCAUACCAAAUCAGGCUUAGGAAAUGUGUGCAAGCGCUUGCUGCAAUACAGCGCUGAUUUGUGUACACAAAUCCAGCAACAGAAAUUUCCGUUUCAAUAUAGGGCGGGGGCUUUUUUCACUUUGAGAGCCCGCGGCCGGGCCUCCGAAUAUAGGACCGAAAUGGAUUAUGAACAUCAUGCUGAAGUAGAUGAGGAUGUUGCUGAGAGCCCGCUUUUUAGUACUUUCGCUGCAGGACGAGUCGCUGGAGCAAGCCCGUUGCAGCUGCCUCUGGACGUCGAGCGCGGACUGCUUUUACAUCCACGCGGUCCGACCCCCGAAACACCAGCGGGCGGGCCUCCGACUGAGGAUGAGUUCGAACUCGCAUCGAUUUUGAAGAGCAUGAAUUUAGAAUCGAGCGACGAAGAGGUGGAAACUGGUCCACAGGAAGAUGAGUAUGGCUUUGGUGUGGCGCAACAGCAUAACAAGAAGCGCAAUUUCCUGGUCCGCCCCGAAUUCCAGAACUACCGGGCGACGGAGCAAAUUCAUCAUCCCGGCGUAAUAGCUGAUACAGGCGGCCGGCUGAUACACUCCAACUGUCAGAAAAAAUACCGCCGUGAGGACCAGAAACACAAGAAAAUAAACAAGCGCACACAAUCUCACAACAAGCAGGAGUUAUUGACAGACGCGUCUGGCCAGUUUCCGUUCAAGAUGCAUCGGAGUCCCAAAUUGCUCGGGAUGGCAGAAGACGAUCUUUCCAGCACUGGCGCAGCCACUUCACAUGCUGAUCUGGCGGGAACGGCAUGUGCAACUAUGGUCCCGCCAGCACUGUCGUACAUGUAUUAUGGGGACGAGGAGGAGCUCGAUAACAACAACUUCGCAGAUGAACACGAUCACAAUUACAACGAAAAAAGAACAAAUCCUGGCAGGUUGCAACUCCACAACUACGACGAGGAGCAUCACCUUCUUCACACACCGCCCAGUAAAAAUCUUCGCCACCCGUUUCUGAAAGGAAGUGCGGUGCAGUCAGGUCAUUUCGACAGUAUCCGUUGCACCAGAGCAGGAACAGGUGCAGGCGCAGCGCCGUCACCGUACAACUUUGAUCACGACGGUGAGGCCAUAUUGGCUCGUUUAGCCGAGCUGAGAGCGGAGGACGAGGUGGCGCGGCGCAGUCGAGAUUUUUGUGCUGGGCCCAGCGUUAGCAAGGAAGCCACCGGAAAGAACCUCGUCGACCCUGCGGACCACAACCGCGAGGACGACCAGCUGCCAUUGCAAUUACCUCCAACCGCCAAGCGGGCGAAGCAGGGACGACUGCCGGCGGGUCCUGAGGAUCAAAACGCAAGUACCACAACCACAGCUGCACCAGGGUUGAAGAACCUGAAGAAAGAUGAUGAAGCAAGUAAAUCCCGGGAGAAUCGGAAGCGGAAGCUGGUGCGGAAAAGCGACCGGCAGCACUUUGAAAACGACCACAUUCACAUUUCAGCCUCCGGCUCUUCUUCUACCGUAGCUGCACCAUCGCGGGUUGGUGUCGCUACGGACAUGCCUGCGUCCACCUCGGCCCUGACUUCAACGUCUCCGGGAGAUGUAGUUGUCAUCAACUACCCUAGUAGACGAACAACAGCAGGAGGCGAAAACAACGCUGUUUCUCCGGUCGUCGGCGAUGUUUUUCCUAAAAAUCCGAGCGGGAUUUCUUUUGCUUCUCAAGGCGAUUUCUGUCGGGGUGAAAGAGAGGACUUCGCUUCACAGCAUUACGAUCCGGCUGAGCAUAGUGUGAUGGUUGAGAGCUGAGAAGGCUAAGAACUAAUCGCGAUCCAAAGCAAGGAAGCGAACGCGAAGACAAGAGCCAGCAGGAGCAGUGGUUGUACGACUUUUAUUAAGUACUUACAGUUACAUUACUUUCGAAAAUUUACCGCACCACAACCACUCCUGAGAUGUUGAGCAGUACUACGUGGGGGUAACAAUGACUUCCAAGAAGAAUCCGCAUCGCACAAAAUGACAUUUGUGCGACUCCUGUAUAAUUUUGAUGUUUUUUAUCUAUUGAUGUGACUUGCAGCUGUCUACUGGAAAAAUCACCUGAAAAACAAAACUUCAACAAUUUGCAACUACUUUUUCGUUAUGUUUCAAAGCAGUUUCGUUUUUUUUUUCGUGUCCAGUCUCGAAUGAGAUCACUUAUUUUCGCAAGGAACUGUUUCUGUUGUGCGCCCAGCAGGGGGCAAGGGCAACUCUUUUUCCUGUUUGCAACUACUCACCGAUAAUCCCAACUAGUAAAAGAGUACCGCUCAAAUAGGAAAGCGAAUGGCAAAGGGUCUAUGCCAUGUUGGUACCUCUGCCGAGAGGGUCGCAUGUGAAGCCUUCUUGGCUACUUGGGAUAAAAGACAAGGACAUUUCACCAAAGCUAAAUGACUGAUGCUUCCAAGAAGAAAGGCUGACUUAUUUCCGAAAAAGUCUCCACUAGAUUUCGGAUAGCGCUACAGAUAAAAGUAAGACCGGGGUUUUGCCCUUGGACGUUAAAUGCAAUCGGGGAAUAGAUACAGGCUACCCUGAAAUGGAAUACAAAUAAUGUUUUCCUGUCUCGGUCCACCUAGAAAAAGAAGUUAUAGAGCACGUGAUGCCUGUGGCCUAUCGUUCUUAGAGAUACUUAUCUUGUUUUCGCGAUCCACUGCUUGCUAGAUUGAUUAUAGAACAAAAGACAGCAAGCCACUUUUGAUGCACCACGGAGUAUAACCUUGAAUUUGACGUGUAAAGAAAAUUGUGCAGGAGCCGGAACUUUUUUUGAUUAAAAUCGAGAAGAAAUACAAGCCUGUUGUCAGCAUAUGCUCAUGUUCCAACGAUAAAAUGCUCAACACUCGAUCCAGAAUGGUAAAUUUCCAAUGCUAUAAAGAUCUCAAGACAACAACAAACCAAGAUGAACGUCAAGAGAUAAACAGCAUGAGAAACUACAAUCCUCAAAUGAUAACAGCAUUACAGAUUUGCUGAUGAACAUUAUUCCCAUGGACCCAGUGUUGUACUCCACAGGCCUUGAGUCAUAUGAUUAUUUGCAUGACCAAACUAUUAAUUUCCCAUUGUCAUAAAUAAAUACUCUGCUAUAUUUGCAUUGCAUUCUGGUGGUUUAUAGUGUUCAGUAUUCGUUUGCUUUGGUUCGGGAUUAACC